GCUCCCUAGCCAAUGAGGGGCUGGGCCCUGGUCGCUAGGAUACACAGUACUGGACGCGCUAACUGUCCUCUUGAGAGCCAUCUUGCCUAGCUGGGCCAAGCCGAGAUAGCACACUCAACGCCCAGCAUGCCGAGGAGGAGGAGACACCGAGGGUCCUCCGGUGCUGGCGGCCGGGGGCGGACCUGCUCUCGCACCGUCCGAGCGGAGCUUUCGUUUUCAGUGAGCCAGGUGGAGCGCAGUCUACGGGAGGGCCAGUACGCUCAGCGCCUGAGUCGCACGGCGCCGGUCUACCUCGCUGCGGUUAUUGAGUACCUGACGGCCAAGGUCCUGGAGCUGGCGGGCAACGAGGCCCAGAACAGCGGAGCGCGGAACAUCACUCCCCUGCUGCUGGACAUGGUGGUUCACAACGACAGGCUACUGAGCACCCUUUUCAACACGACCACCAUCUCUCAAGUGGCCCCCGGCGAGGACUAGCUUCUGACACCCGGCCCCUGGGACCUGACAGGUCCACUCGUCCACCCACCCGGCCCCAAACUCCCCGGCCCCAAAUCCCCCGGCCUUAAACACCCUCCCCCCACAGCCCAGGCCCCAAAGUCUUGGGCCUUCAUUAAUUCUGUCAAUAAAAUGUUUAAAGGAA